UGGAUGUGAAUGCUCUUAGAGCCUAAAUCAGCAACGGUCGCUAAUUCAAAAUCUGAAACCCUACAUAGCGAUAGCGGCUUCAUUGGAUUUUGGAUCAUCAUCAUCAGCAGCAGCAGCUCUCGAAUUCAUGGGCUGCUUUACAGUCUUUCCGUGUUUCACUUCUUCCAAACAUCCAAAACUAAACAAAUCUGUUAACCAAACCACCGAAGAAGAAUCGAUAAAUACCGGAUCGCUCAAACCCCUAGUUUUGAAAUUGAGGGUUGAUAGUGAAGAUCAGGUGCUCAAUGAAGAUGUUGAGGGUAUUACAGAUAUUCUUUUUGUGAAAAGUGAAGAUGGUAAGGAGAAAAAUGUGGAGUGGAGUGGAAAGUUAGGCGUUCUUGUGCAACGCGAAAGUGCGAACGAGAGGGAUGACGAAACGAAAAAUGGAAAUGGAAAGUUGGGAGUCCUUGUGCGGAUUGAAACUGAAAAUGAAAGAAAGGAAGAACGACGGAAAAGUUUAGGUGUUCAUGUGGAUAUUGAGAAUGGAAGUGACGAUGAAAGUGAUGUAGAAAAGGAAGUAAGAACCGAAGAGCAUAAAAAAGAGAUUCAAAGUGGAGCGGUCUCAGAUUGUAGUGUUUCGAGCUAUAUAUCUUAUCCACCAAUGCAUAGAUACCAUAACUGUGUAACCGAUGAAGAUGAAGAACAUCUAUUGGUUCAUGAAGAUUCACCUGAGUCCUUUUUUUCUUUAUCAAUUGAUCCAACGAGGCACUCACAGUCUAGUUCGGUUGCAGCCGAUGAUAAAGAAGUCAGUAGUAUCGAGAAUAAUCAUAAUGAACGCAUUGAUUCUUUGUUGUAUCCAAUUGAGAAUCUCGCUCAACGAAAAACAAUGAAGGCAAGACCAAUGCAUGGUUUAGAUCACCUCCAAGAAAAAGAAAAUGUUUACAUAGAACAAGAAGAGAUCUCUAAGGUUUCAGAUCGAAAGGGGAAAGUAAAAACCGACACUGUUGUGACUACAAGCCUUUCAAGUUGGUUGGUUGACCCGAAGAAGUCAACAGCGAGCAAAGAAGAAAGUGAAACUUCUUGGAAGAGCUGCGAAGAUAGACCCAUUUUAGGUUCUUGCAGCAUUGAUGAAGUCAAACGGAUAUCCGCAAGAUCAUCUUCAAGAAAGUCACCAUGCCACGACCCUGAUGACACGCCGAUCAUAGGAACCGUUGGCAGUUACUGGAGUCAUACUGGGCAAGCUAAUGUUUAUAUAAAAUAUUAAUGUCUUAAAGAAGGUUACAAAAACUAUAUUAUUACAAUAACAAAAGUAUGUUUCUUUAUUGAAACCGUUUGGGAGGUUUUGAUGCAUUUAUUAAAUUUCAGAUGACUUUACACA